AUGAGCGACGUCCUCCCAACUCCACCAACCUCUCCAACAGCCCUGGCUACCCUCCAAGUCUCGAGCUUCGCCUCUCUCAAGGCCAUUGAUGCGCUUCUUGAACGGUAUCUCUACCUUUUAGAUGAGCAACAACGCCUUCAACAUGAGCUUGGGAAGCAUCUGUCAAAACUGGCAUUAGCUAAACGUAUCUCUCACCCUCAGGCCUUUUUUUCUCUCGCCCGCGCAAACCAUUCCUGUCGUCCUGGCCGUCGAUACGGCGAAGAAUGCUAUGAUGAGCGCAUGACAGCUGUCAGGAAGGUGGCCCUCUGUCCAUCCGACCUCACAUCCCCCAACACAGACCUGCCAACAGAUACUUGCUUGAGCCAUAUCCCCCAGCGUUUCACCAUUAUCAAGCAUAUAGCAAGCGACGAUAACACAGUCAUUGCACUAGAGCCCUCGCCCUCAGACCGCUCCCCGGCAAAUGCGGUGGCUGAAGAUCAGCCUCAGGUGGCAGAUUCACCUUCGAUAUCAAAGACCAGACCCCCUUCCAUAGAUCCUCUACAGUGGUUUGGCAUUCUCACUCCGGCUUCCCUCCGAGACGCGCAGAGUUCGUUCUCGUCCGCAGUAGACGGGCCCAUAGCUCGGCUGCUCAAUGUGGUUGCGGAAAUGCGAGAUGUGGAACAGACCAUUACCGGGCUGAGGAAGCUAGUGGCUGCCGAAAGUGUUCCACUACAGGACGCAAAGUGUCCAUGA